GAACUGCUGAUACGCUCUACACUGAAUCCACAGUUUUCGCAGGAUCAGGCAUGAGCCCCACAGUCAGAGAGGGGUGUUGUGGCUAAUGCAGAGGUCCGCUAAAAGAACAAGAGAACGAAGAAACCAGAGAGGAGCAUUGGAGCACCAUAGAUCUGAUCCUGUAAUAUGAAGGUGGAUGGAGUGGCAAUGAAGCUGUCUGCCUGACUGAGCAUCUCCUCAUUAUCAUCCCCCUCCCCUCUCUUCAUCCAAUUCCCUAGUCCUAUCUGCCAUCCCCCUCUCCACCACAUACAGAGCCAAACAACUACCACCACCGAUCACUAACACCAUCGCACACACAUAUAGAGACACACACACACACAAACACACACACACUACCCCUCUCUCCUGGGAUACGAUUUGAAGAUUCACAAGUGCAGCCUCUCAUUUGUAAUCAGAUGAAAGAGAGGAUUAUCUCAAGGUUUGCCCAAUCUUGUUCCCGGCCAGGAUAGAGGGACGGAGGAGGAAGAGGAGGAAGAGACUGGAGAAGAGGGAGGGCUCUGUGAAUGGUGCGUGGCGAGAGGAGGUCACCUGUAGAGAACCACUUUCCUUUCCUUUCAAACAACCUGGACUAACAGGGGUUUAUCCUGGGAUCCUGGGGGAUAACUUGACUCUGACACAAAGAAAGAGAGAGAGAGAGAGAGUAAAUAAAGAAGAGGAACAUAAGGAUCUUAUAUUUUUUCUAAAAGGGCUUUCCCAUGGCAGAGAGUGGGCAUCCUGUGUCAGCACUAUACCCACCAGGGGGCAGUGUGUCCCCUGACUCUGCCCUCUGCACCGACCCCCUCCUGCCUCUCUCUAAGAGCUCCACAGAUGGGCUGACAGGUCCUCUGAGGCAGGAGGAACUCAGGAAGGGCUCCAGUGAGCAUACGGCUCCAUGCUCCCAAAGAGACAAAGAAACGGGCAGACAGGGGCCUUCUCAGGUCAUCCAGCACAACAUCCAACCGGACACAUCUGUCUCAGUGGACCUCAGGAAUGCUGUCCGCCCUGACACAGCCCAUCACCACGAGGAGGGCGUCACCAAUCAUGGUCACCAAGUCUUCGGAGAGAGCCAGGCGCCCCACCCCUUAUCAUCAUCACAGAGAGACCUGGGAGGACUGGAUCUAUCCAGGCUGAAUGUCCAGAGGAGUCACUCAGAUCCCCUCCACAUGCUCAGGGAGGUCCCUGCCCCUCCACCUCACAGUGAAACCAGCUGCCCUUCAUGCCCAGGGAGAGACUACCUUUCCCAGGAUGCCUCUCGUAAGGCUUUCUCCACCUUAGCCUGCAAGCAGCACUUGCAGCUCCAGCACUGCAAUACGACCACAACCAACCCCACUGCCUGCAGACGGGGAAACGGCGGGGGAGGCAGACCCACACAGCAGCCUCAGGCCGGGUGUGUCAGGCUCGGUGCCCCUAGCCCCUCUAACACAGCCGCUAAGGUCGGCGGUGAGGCCCAACGCCUACAAUCAUGUGAGGAGGCCAUCUGCUAUUGCACUUUCGUCCACCCCCACGGGACGUUGAAGGACACUUUUGCGGCCUACUGCCACCCCCAACCCAUCCCCACCCCUGCCCAGCUGCUGCCACACCUUCCGGGCACAGAAGCUGAGUUCAGGGACCAGAGGGUGCUCCCGCCUCACCUGGCGCCUACCCUCCUCUCCCUCCCUCGCCUCAUGUCCUCCGUCAGCGAGACAGGGCUGGAUGCCAAGCGCCUGCUGCAAUGCUGCAACCUCAAUUGUAACCUCAACUGCUCCUGGGCCAAAACUCUACACCCUAGUGGAGCCCUGCAGCAGGACAUUCAGAAAUACAGCUGUAUGAGCAGCAGCAACCUUGGAGCCACCAGGGACACAGGGACCAUGAUGUCCCCCAGGGAGCUCAGGGAUGUGGGGGUGCAGACAGGCCAGGUCCACGAGACGUGUCCGGCCCACGUAUUCCCCCAGGUCUGCCUGGUGGAGGAGAACGGGAAUGAGAACGGGAACAAGAAUGAGAACGGGAAUGAGACAGACACGUCCCAGAAGCCCCCAGUGAAGGAGGUGAAGUGGGAUGCGGAAGGGAUGACAUGGGAGGUGUACGGGGCUUCUGUGGAUCCUGAGGAGCUGGGCCUGGCCAUCCAAAAGCACCUGGAGCUGCAGAUCAAGGAGACUGCUGGCCUCGCUGACAAGCUGUCCCGCCAGGAUCCAGCUACAUCCAGGAAGAGCAUUGGUGGUGCCGUUGGCUGGAGGAAGAGGAGCGGGGUGUUGGGCUAUAUCAGAACCCCAGCCUGCUGCGCACGUUCCAGCACGGCCGUGGACUGAGAGGGGAAACCUGAACACUGGGUUCCAUGGUCAAGAUGGCAGUUGCUUUAUUACACAUCAAAUGUGACUCCAAUUCACCAGAGAUAGUGUCUGGAUUAGGUCUGGAUUAAGAGAAUCUGUGUGGCUGUCAGAAUCAUGGCAAGUGUACAAGAACCUACCAUCAUAUUGCUGAAAGAGGUGAAUGGAAAGACAGUGAAAGGUUCCAUUUGGAUGGAUUUGAUUGGUGACGGUACCUUCAUCAUCCCCAUAGAUGCCAAGUGAUAGAACAGAGUGCUGCCAUAACAGUCAUACAAAGUGAUAUAAUGUUUUCUUACUCGUUUAAGAAUGUUUUAUUUACUGGGGGGGGGGGGGAUAACUCGAUCUGAACAAGGGGUUUCUGUAAAUGAACAUGCAUAAAGGUAUAAACAACACAGUGUAGGAAAAGAAAGCUCCAAUACAGCACAGACUUCGAAUCACUAUGGCUAGAAAUAUGUGUCUAUCUUCCUCUCAUUUCUGAUGCUAUGAUUUAGUCAAAUUGUGUGUGAAUGUUUGAAACAUACCGUAUACUGUAUAGGAUUUAGCACAUGGUAGAGACCACAGAAAUGUAUACCUUUUCACAAUCACUUCUACCGCUCCGUAUUCACAUAGAAAAUAUAUAGAGAAUAUAUAUAUAUAUAUAUAUAUAUAGAAAACAAUGCUGAAUUGACAGUACGUCAUUAGACUAGCAUAGAGCAAGACUUAAACUGAGCUCCGAUGAUUCAUGCAUCAUCACAUCAUACAAUAUAUUAAUGCACAUAACAAUAGGUGAAAUGGCGUGUUUGUGAAUACAUUUUUCAUUCCAUUUUUCAACUUCUCUUAUAUAAACAGUUAUUGCGUUUGACCCUUUAAUGCCAGGUAGACAAACUCAUUCCAUGGAGGACGUAGUGUCUGCUGGUUGUUGAUUUUCCCUGUUAACUAAGACCUAGACAACAAGGUGCGGGAAGUUCCUUAUAAUCAGUGACCUUAAUUAAACAAUGAUGUACAAGAGAGGAAGCAAGAACCCACAGACACUCAGCCCUCCGCGGAAUGAGUUUGACACGUGCUUUCAUGUAUAUGUUCUGUGUGAUGACUGUCUUGUGGACUCAAAACCACAGCCAAAUAAUUAUUUUAGUCAUAUAUCUAACCAGAAGGUUAAAAGUGAACUGUUAACCAGUAAACAGUUAUGUUGUUUAUCAAAUAACAAUCACUGAAAAGAUCCACACCUCUACUCUGAGUCUGAAUUCUAUCACUACUGUAACAGUAUCUUGUCAAUUUACUGUGCCAUAGCAAUGUACUGCAUUGGUAUUGUAUGAUGGAUGAGUUACAAUUAGCCGGUUAGAUUGAUAAACCUGUCAAGUAUGUAAUUUACAACAUAUUGCAUUCGCGAGAGAUUUUGACCAAUCACAACAGGUGCUGUAACCUGAUUUAAAGUUGAUUUUUACUGUGGCUACAAUGCAAGAAGAAUUGUUUAAUCAUGAUAUCAGUUGUAUAAUGUUGAAGAAAGCUAUUGUUGUUUAUUAAAUAAUGACCAAGCUUGGCAUUAAAGGGCUCUUUUGUUUUUUUACAGUAUAAUUUGAAUACAAUUAAUUCAUCCUACUUUAGUAAUAAUCACAAAGUUGCCAUUUCAGGUCACACACCUGCAGUUAGCACAGGUUGUUCAGUAUUGUUGGGUUUCUAUUGGAGGCCGUGAGACCAGAUGGCAGGUUAAAUAGGAGUCCUUAUCAGUAGAAUAUUACUGCUGUUAUCAAGUCUUUAAAACACCCACCUGUAUUGAUGGUUAUCUGUAUUGAUUGUUAUGUCCAAUGUAAGUCGAUUUGUAACUUGGCAAACACGGUAAUACCACAAAUGAAGGGUCAAUAUACAGUAUGUCUCAGAUAAUGUGUUCUAGGCUACUGUUGAUAUCAGCAAUAAAGUAUCUUAGGUGAAGUUGUGAUGGUGACGUCUAGGAAACUGUGUUUCCCCCCUCUGUAUUAUGGAGCCUAAACGGACCUCUGGUGAUGUCAGAGUGUAACACUAAUGCAGUCACUACAAAUAAAAAACAUGUUUUUUCUUGCUG